AUGGCGCCAAUGCUCGGACAGACUGAACAUGAUGAAACGGCAGUACAAUCAAAGCAAAUCAAGCAAAGCCCCUUGCCGUAUCAGAGUGCCGAUCAAGCCACGUUGCAAGACCUUGCUAGCAAGUGUCUCGCAAAUUAUGGCACCAAGCUAGAGCGAGACAUCAUUGUUAGAACCGAAGGUCUAUACGUCUACACGGCGGAUGGUCAUCGAGUGCUCGACUGGACCUCCGGACAGAUGAGCUGUCUCGUCGGACAUGGGCAUCCUGAGGUAGUCGAGGCUGUGCGACAGCACGCCGCACAUCUCGACCAUCUCUUCUCUGGCAUGGUGUCGCCACCUGUCAUCAAUCUUGCCCACCGUCUGACCUCGGUGCUGCCAAGAGGUCUUGACAAAGCAUUCUUUCUCAGCACCGGCGGUGAGAGCAAUGAAGCUGCUAUCAAGAUGGCCAAGGUGUAUACGGGCAAGUUCGAGAUUGUGGGACUGGGCGCUAGCUGGCAUGGGAUGACAGCCUCUGCCCUAGGAGCCCAAUACCAUUUCGGUCGCAAGGGUCAGGGGCCUGUCAUGCCUGGGAUGCACAUGUUGCCGCCACCCAAUGCAUACAGGUCGAUCUUCAGAAAUGCGGACGGUAGCUAUGACUGGGAAAAGGAGCUGGACUACGGUUGGUCGUUGAUUGAUCGAGCAUCCUGCGGAUCGUUAGCAGCCUGCAUAGUGGAGUGCAUUCAGUCGUCGGCGGGUAUGCACGUGCUACCGGCAGGCUAUCUCCAAGCGCUAAAGAAGCACUGCGAGAAGCGUGAAAUGCUGCUGAUCGUGGAUGAGGCUCAGACUGGGAUUGGUCGAUGUGGAGAUCUGUUCGCUAUCGACCAUGAUGGAGUCGUCCCUGACCUUUUGACGCUGAGUAAGACUUUAGGUAACGGGCUGCCUCUGAGUGCCGUGGUCACUAGCAACGAGAUCGAGCGAGUCUGUACCGAACGAGACUUCUGCUUCUACACGACACACGUUAAUGAUCCUUUGCCAGCAGCAGUGGGUGACAAGGUCCUAGAAAUUGUGAUCAGGGAUGAUCUGGUGGAGCAUUCGAGACGUGUUGGGAAGUCGCUACAUCAGGGACUCAACAGAUUGAAGGAUCGGUACGGAUGUAUUGGCGAUGUCCGUGGUCGAGGACUGAUGGCUGGGGUCGAGAUUGUGGGCGAUCGCAACACGAAGGAGCCGGCACUUGAGCUGGGCAAAGACAUAGCCACAGCCAUGUAUGACCGAGGCUUGUGGGCCAAUCUCAGCAGCCACUCCAGCUUUGGCGGUGUGUUCAGGAUCGCCCCUCCCAUCACCAUCACUGAGGAGCAGAUUCUCGAGGGCUUACAGAUAAUGGAGGAGGCCUUCGCAGCCACUGCUGGCAGCAAGCCUUUGUAUUGA